AUGGCAGAAACGAUUGAUGGCAUUAUCGAUGCUCAAUUCAAGGAGCUCUUCGAAGAUAGGGGCCGACCAAGCGAAUUAAAUGAAGAUUUUACGAAAACACUCUUCCAGCGUAUUCAAGAGGGCACAAUUACCGGCGAAAACAAAGCAUCCUCUCAAAGGACUACGGUCGUCAUAAACAAUGGCAGAGGACUGGCCGAAGCCAUCAUCGCCAGUGCUAACAGGAAUUUGAGAUUUGCCGUCACGCAAGUAGAAGAUGCAUCUAACCUCAAAGCCGUCAGCCAAUCAUUUGGCGAGAUCGACGAGACAGCCGCAUAUGGUUUCUCCUUGAAAAACGUAGAUGGGAACUUGUUCGUCUUUCGCUUACCCUCGCAGGUUCCGAUAAGCGUGUCGAGGUAUGGCAAACAUUCCGCUAUAGAGUAG